AUGUGUCUCCCUCGACAAAUAUUAACCACCAUUCGUCUCUACCCUCCAAAAGGCUUGACGCUUAGUAGCAUUACUUGCGACAACGUGAUCUCGAUAACCCCACCCCGUCCAUUCCUUGAGCAACCAAUUGAGCUAUUUCUUUGGGUUCAACUAAAGACACAAAACUCAGGGUGA